AUGGAUGGAUCCUGUGAUAAAAAGCCUGCAAGGGAAAAUCCAAAGCAGUUUCUGCAAAGGAUGAAGAACAGAAGCGUCCGAGUUGCUCUCAAGUGGGGACAGGUUUACGAGGGGACUCUUGUUGCGUCGGACAAUUACUUCAACAUACUUCUGGACGAGUGCACUGAAAGGGAGGGGGAGGCAUCUGUGAAGAUCGGCGAGGUUUCGAUCAGGUGUAACAACAUCAAGAGGAUAUGCGAGGUCUAG